GUGGUAUGCAUGUGAUAAGUCAGUUUACGUUUAAUGAAACGAAAAAUGGCUGUAUAAAAAUGAUGCAUGUUGGCUCGUCACGGUUCCUCAAGUGGGUCCCUAAGAAUUACAACUCAGUAGCCUCAGAUUUCGUCAUAGAUCAAAAUAAAAGCCAGGAUCAAUCGUACUGUAGUUUCCUGUUUCAUUCUUCGCAAACAUAAAAUCGACAUUGUUGACUGAAGAAAAUCUGUUUUUGUAUGAUAUUUAUUUUUUGUCAAACGCUAUUCUUGCUAAGUUGUUUAUUCAUUGUGUGACCCCUCUUCUAUUUUUUAAAUACUACCAUCCCAUCUUGUGUACCACAAUCUUUUAGUGUCCUACUGUACAAAAAAGUGUUGUGUUUUGUUAACUUAUGGUUGAGGAGUCAUCGUGUAUUAGAUGGUGGUUGCAAGUAGUCGACAGGAAACCCUGGACCCAGAUUCGUGCUGCUUGGCACUAAGAUGUAAUCACAAUUGAUUGAUCACUGGGUGGUGACCAAUGUCAUGUGUGUCAGGUUCUUAUUAGUGCAGAUCGAAUGCUAUCGACCAAGCCAUGGUGUAUUUAUGUAUUAGAUCAAUGACACAGUUAAUGCCCUCGGCUUUCGAUCAUUGGACGUUAUAUCCAAAUACUGCUCCAUUUAUUUCUGUUUGAACAGACUUCAUUCGUUUCAUCUUUAUAAUAUCUACACAGAAUGAAUAAAUCCAAUAAAAAUGAAUAUGGAGAGUUUACAAAACGUAUAGGUUUUACAUCAAUGAUGGAACUUAUCUGUAUUUGUUUAUUUCCAUUAAUAUUACAAUGUUUACGAUCAAUUGUAUGUAUACAUUUUAAUAUAUUAUCGAAAAAUCGAUUUUAUUUAUCUUUGAUUAUUGAUUAUUUGAUUAUUCUAUUACCAAUUAUUUUAUUAUUAACUUUAUUAUCUUCUCAUAUUAUUAUAAUUGUAAUAAGUUGUUUUAUAUUAUUUCUAUUAUGGUUAUUAUUACCAAACUAUAAUCAAAUGAAUUUGUCUUUUGGGAAUUAUCAUUUUUUACCAACGGAUAUUUUAAUUGCUUAUUUCCGAACCACCAUAUAUAUAAUUUCUUGUAUUAUGAUAUAUGCUAUUGAUUUACCAAUUUGUCCAAGACGUUUUGCUAAAUCUGAAUUAAAUGGUCUUGGUUUAAUGGAUGUUGGUACAGGUUUAUUUAUAUGUGCAUCGAGUAUUUCCGGUUCUAAAUUGGUUUUUUAUAUGAAUAUUUACAGAGAUAAUAGUAAAAGAUUUUUUGAUUGUAUAUUGAAUUGUGUAGUACCAUGUUUACUUUUAGGAUUAUUAAGAACAUUAUUCAUUCAAUUGUCAAAUUAUCAUCAGAAUAUUGUAGAAUAUGGUGUUCAUUGGAACUUUUUUUAUACUGUUGCAUUGAUACGUGCCAUAUCACUUAUUAUAACCACUGGAAAUCCUAUCAGUAAUUAUUUAAUAACAUUUUCAUUGAAAAAACAAAUUCUUUUCUAUUACAUUGUAUCCGGUAUAUUCUUAAUAUUUUCUGAAUUUUUACCAAUAAUAAUUUGUCCAGAAUAUUUUCAAACAAGAUGGCAGUUUAAUCCAAGAACACUACACUAUAUAAAUGAUAAUCGAUCAAAAUCUUUAUGGAUUGCUAAUUUUGAAGGUGUCACCUCCUUAUUUGGUUAUGCAUCGAUUUACUUCUUCAAUUUGAGUUCAUCACUUCUAUUACAGUCCUAUUUGUCAACAGACACCAAUAAUGACAGUAAUAAUGGAGAAAGCUCACUAAGCAAGAAGGAAUUUUCGCGUAAUAUUUCAUUAUUCAGGAUAUAUUUAAUCUGUGCUUUUAUGAUCCUAUGCUCAGUAAGUUGUUUUUAUUCACUAGGUGGUAGUCAAAUGACAUCCAGACGUUUUGGAAACUCUAACUAUGUACUACUUAUUAUAUUUAUCUCAGUCAUAGGCAUUCUUUUCCUUACUUCAAUGAUUUCACUAUUGAUGCACUUUAAAUCACUUUUCAACUUAAAUUUAAGCUAUUCUCCAUUAUCCUUGAUAAUCAAUGAUAAAGGCAUGUUAUAUUUCAUCAUUUCAAAUUUAUUAACUGGUUUCUUCAAUGUGUUUUGUUUAAAUACUUUGCAGUUGUUGCCUGAAGGGGCAAAGUUAAAUAUUAUCAUGGGUACGUAUAAUGAUUUGAGCUGGUCUUCAUCAUUAUUACAAUUUUCAGUGCUCUUAGCCUAUUCGAGUUUAUCAGUUAUUUUUGUUUUAAUCGGUUCUUAUUAUGAUUUUCUUAAAUUUCUUACUCCUAGUGUAUUUGGUAUUUUUAAAUAAAUGAUUGGUGUAAAUCAACGGUUCUUCUAAGUACAUUCGUUAAGUAAUCGGCGGCUGUACCUAAAAACUUCUGCACAUAAGUUUGCAUUCGAUUUUAGGCAAUUUAUAGACAUUUUAAGUUAACGUAAUUUAUUUUCGACUUACAUUCAUACCUAGACCUGUUCAGUUAUUGCAUCUAUAAGUUGUUGAUGGUUUUCCUGAUACCUUUUUUCAUAAACCAAUCAUAUUAUGAAUGAAGACAGAAGUGCCUAUCAAUGAAAUUGGUCUGGAUUAAACGAAAUUUUCUUGAGGCUUAAUAGACAUUUGUUAUAUUAUUUCGUUUUCUCGACCGAAUUGUAAGAUGAUUUUAAGCCCUAAGAAGUUAUAGACUCAGGAAUGAUAAUCAACUGUUUACUAACCAUGAAUAUGCUUAUUUAAGUGAAUCAAAUGGUAUUUAUAGACUAAUCAAAACUGUGUAGCAGUUUUAAUUAUUCUCCAGAAGGUGUAACCAGCACAAUUUACUUUACCGGGUGUCUAUCGUCAUACAAAUUAACGCAGUCUUAGUAUUUUAUUCAUGUUCAGAUCUUUAGAGUAAACAUUAAUUUCUUCUAGAUAUAUUUGGUAAUAGUUGUUAAAUGUGCAUAUAACUUGAGUCAAAUAAAUAUUGCAAUAGAUUGUCUACAACUGAUGCCCAUUUAAUAGUUGGUAUAUUGUACGAUAAAGCCGAUGGUAAUGCAAACCAGAUAUAGGCGUAUUUAUCAAAAUAAAGUUAUGGUUUCCAUGACUAACUGAAAUCAGUUAUAAUGCAAGAAUCUUAAAUUGUAUCCCAAGUCGUAAUAUAUUGGGCCACCCUUCUUGUCUCUUUGAUGUGAACCGGGAAACAAGAAGCCCUGACAAACUACGAAGGCUAUUUUUCGGGACGUUAUUUCAUUUUAUUCAAAGCUUGUAAAACUGACAUUUAUUUUUGUCCCUAAUCUAUUCUACAGAACAUAAGCUUUCGUUUGAUGUAUCAUUCACUACCAUACCUUUUUCUGUUCCGAAGCUAUUGUAAUUUAACAUAAUAUUUUGCACCCUAUUUUCUACUCUAAUUCCCAGCUUUGGACAUGAUUGUAUUUUUCCUAAUUAUUGUACGUUGCGGUCGGGUUAUUCACUUAUUUAUUCAUGUACCUUUUCACACUAAUCUGAAUUACACUGAAGUCAG